UCUCUGCUUGCUCUCUGUUUCACUUGUUGCUGCCGCUUUUCGUUCUCGUCCUCCUUUUCCGCCUCCACUCCACAGCCUCACCUGCUUGCUCCUCGCUUUGCUUUCUCCCUCCACCUUCCCUCUCCCUCUCCCUCUGCUCCAAUCAACCCAAUCCCUUUCCCCCAUCCAUCCUCCUCCUGUAGCCGCCCUAUUCCUGUUGCUGUUGGAGCUCAUCCUCCUCCUCCUCCUCGCCUCUUGUCUUCCUUCCUCUUCAGCUUCUCUUCUCUUCUCUUCUCUCGGGUUGCCGCCGGUCGGUCAAACGCCGUGCCAGCCGACAGCUCGGGGGUUUGGUUUGGUCUGGUGUGGUGGUGCCGAUUUUGGAGCUCGGAGGCGCUGCCGAGAAGGGGAAGCGGCGAAAUUGUGGGGGACAGGCCGGAGCGCGGGGCGAAAGCGCGAGGCUGUUGGCCCCCUUUUGGUUCGGUUUGGUUUGGUUUGGUUUCGGGCCAUUCGAUCGAAUCCGGGCGGGCCGGGCGCGUGCGGGCGGCGCGGCGACAGACAGCUCGGCGGCCGUCUCCUCGACCACGCUGUGCCUGUGCGGCGUGGAUGCGGUGCGGCGGGGACGCGUGGUGGCGGCGGCGGGGGAGCCUCUGCGCCGGCGCUGGCGAUGUAGCCGAAUGACCGGCGCUGCUCGCUCGGCACGAGGCGGCGGGGAGGGGGGCGCGGCCGCGGCUGCUGCCGGGAUGGAGGGGAAGGGCGCGGCGGCGGCGGCCGGGCUGGUGGGGUUCCUCGGGACGGGGCUGGGCAGGGUGCGGCUGCCGCUGCCGCUGCCGGAGAAGCUGGCGGCCAAGGCGCUGCGGGGCCACGCGCGGCACGGCUCGCGCGAGGCCCGGGAGCGGUGCUGGCGCUUGCGGAUGCUGCUGUGGGUCGUCGGCUGGACGCUCAUCUCCCUCCACAUCUUCCACUACUUCAACUCCAGCGCCGUCGAGAAGCGCCGCGACUCGCUCGCCAGCAUGUGCGACGAGCGCGCCCGCAUGCUCCAGGACCAGUUCAACGUCAGCAUGAACCACCUCCAGGCGCUCGCCAUCCUCGUCAACACCUUCCACCACUCGCAGAGCCCCUCCGCCAUCACCCAGGCGACGUUCGCGAGGUACGCGGAGAGGACGGCGUUCGAGCGGCCGCUGACGAGCGGGGUGGCGUACGCGGUGCGGGUCACGCACGCCGAGCGGGACCAGUUCGAGCGGCAGCAGGGCUGGAGCAUCAAGAAGAUGUACUCCUCCCCCAACUCGCAGGGGCCCGGCGACGCCGCCGUCGCCGAGAUCCGCGGCCCGGCCGAGGAGUACGCCCCCGUCAUCUUCGCGCAGGACGCCUACAUGAACGUCAUCUCCUUCGACAUGCUCUCCGGCGCUGAUGAUCGCGAGAACAUAAUACGAGCCAGAGAAUCUGGGAAGGGCGUUCUAACUGCUCCUUUCCAGCUGCUGAAUGGCCGCCUCGGCGUGAUCUUGACGUACUCCGUGUACAAGUCCGAGCCCCCCGCGAACGCGGGGCAGCAGGAACGCAUCCAGGCCGCCGUAGGCUAUCUGGGCGGCAUAUUUGAUAUCGAAGCACUUGUGGAUAAGUUGCUUCAUCAGCUUGCGGGGAAGCAAUCCAUCAUGGUGAACGUGUAUGAUACCACUAACGAGAAGCCGAUCAGCAUGUACGGUUCAAACGAUACGGGCGGUGGGAUGUACCAUAACAGCACGCUCAACUUUGGCGAUCCGUCUAGACGGCAUGAGAUGCAUUGCAGGUUCAUGCAAAAGCCACCAUUGCCAUGGCUUGCGAUUACGUCAUCGUUAGGGAUUUAUGUGAUUUUUCUGCUCAUUGGCUAUAUAAUCUAUGCUACUGUGCAUCGUAUCGCAAAAGUUGAAGAUGAUUAUGAACGUAUGAUGGAUCUCAAGAAGCGUGCGGAAGCUGCAGAUGUUGCCAAGUCUCAGUUCCUGGCUACAGUUUCACAUGAGAUCAGAACUCCAAUGAAUGGGGUUUUAGGAAUGCUCCAAAUGCUCAUGGAUACUGAUCUGGACACAACGCAGCAAGACUAUGUUAGAACAGCCCAAGCUAGUGGAAAAGCUUUAGUGUCCCUCAUAAAUGAGGUUCUUGAUCAGGCGAAGAUAGAAUCUGGCAAACUCGAGCUUGAUGCAGUGCCCUUUGAUGUUAGACUAGUCUGUGAUGAAAUCUUGUCUCUCUUCUGUGGAAAAGCUCAGGAGAAAGGGCUGGAGUUGGCAGUGUAUGUAUCUGAUCAAGUUCCACAAACACUUAUUGGCGAUCCGAAUAGAAUGAGGCAGAUCAUUACAAAUCUCAUGGGAAACUCCAUAAAAUUUACAGAAAGAGGACAUAUCUACUUGACAGUUCAUAUUGUUGAAGAGGUGGAAACCGAAAUUCAAAACUCAUACAACACCUUAAGUGGCUACGAAGUAGCUAAAAGAAGGCAUAGCUGGCAGAGCUUCCGACUUACCAAUAUGGAUCUACACUCGUCUGAGUUGUCCUUUGCUCCCAUCAUGCCUGAAACAAUAAGAUUGAUAAUAUCAGUUGAAGAUACUGGUGUCGGCAUCCCGCUUGAAGCCCAAUCCCGCAUAUUCACGCCUUUCAUGCAGGUUGGUCCGUCCAUUGCCCGCAUCCAUGGGGGCACUGGCAUCGGAUUGAGCAUCAGCAAGUGCCUGGUUCAUCUGAUGAAGGGGGAGAUUGGGUUUGUAAGCAAACACCAUGUUGGUUCUACUUUCUCAUUCACUGCAGUGCUUACGAGGGCACACCCCAAUGCAAAUGUGAACAAAUCGCCGGGGUUUAAAGGGGUCAGUGCAUUGGUGGUUGAUCAUAGGCCGGUUCGUGCCAAGGUUACCAAGUACCAUUUACAAAGGCUUGGAGUCAAAACGGAAUUGACCACUGACGUAAGCCAGGUUAUUCCUAAGAUGAACUGUGCAUCACUAGUUACAAGGCUAGUGCUAGUUGACAAGGAGACCUGGCUCAAGGAAUCCCAUUCAAUGCCUCAAUUGCUUAGCAAAUUGCGGAGCAAAGAUCAGGCGGACCCUCCGAAGCUCUUUCUUUUGGAGAACCCUACGAAUUCUAUCAAGAGCAGUUCAAAUAUAUCCAGGGAGCAUAACUUGAAUGUAAUCAUGAAGCCGCUUCGUGCAAGUAUGCUUGAGGCCUCACUAAGGCGGGCUUUGGGUGGAGUAGAUAAGGCGCAUGUCAAGAAUGGACUGGUUGGCAACUCAGCUUUGGGUAGCCUUCUUCACAAGAGGCAAAUCAUUGUGGUUGACGACAACGCUGUGAACCUUAAAGUGGCUGCUGGUGCUCUCAAGAAGUACGGCGCAGAAGUAAUUUGCGCAGACAGUGGGAAGAAAGCAAUCGCAUUGCUAAAACCACCUCACAGUUUUGAUGCUUGUUUCAUGGACAUACAAAUGCCAGAAAUGGAUGGGUUUGAAGCCACCAAGAGGAUCAGAAUGAUGGAAAGAGAGCUAAAUGAGCGGAUAGAACGCGGGGAAGCGCCACCAGAAUGUGCUAACGUUCGGAGGUGGCGAACUCCGAUAUUGGCAAUGACAGCAGACGUCAUCCAGGCAACAUAUGAGCACUGCUUGAAAUGUGAAAUGGAUGGCUAUGUCUCCAAGCCAUUCGAAGGGGAGCAGUUGUACAGAGAAGUAACUCGAUUUUUCCAAAAUCAUGACCAUGUUCAGUAGGUAGGUCUAUAUGGAGUGUAAAUUAGUGGAGGAUGUCGCCACACAGCUCAUGGCAUGGCGUGGAGGAGUUUGUUGAAGCCGCAGUGCUCCCAAGAGUAUGAGCUUAAAAACAUGGAGAUGGAGCCACCCAGGCUCUGUUUCUUGGUACACCAUCCCACCAAGAGGUAAAGAAAAAAGCUGUAAAGCUCUUGGAGUCGAGAUGCACGUGCAGCAUUUUGUUCAACAACUUCUCGGAGACGGUUUGCGUGAAAAAAGGCCGCCAACCGCAUACGCUAACCGCAGGUUUCGGCUCGACCGACGUCCUCCGCCUUUGUAAUGUAAAUGUAAAAUGUAGGGAGAGCGAAAAUUUUCCUUCCUUUUUUUCUUCCCCGGGAAUUGUAUGGGUGUACAUAAUUAGGUGCUGGUGGUUUGUGCAGGAAUUUCCGUUUUGUGCAUUUGAAUGUGUUUUUUUUGCGCGGUGUGUCCCAAGCUGUAAGUCACCACACAUUCAAAGCUGAAGCUUUUCUUUUC